UGCGUCGGGCAGGUGCGCGCAGGCUCCUUUUCUUUGGCCAACAGGAAAUGAAAUCGCGUCUCCAUCCUCACGGAGGUGGGCACGGAUGAGUCAAAAAGCCAAAGUCCCAAAAUUAGAGCCGCACAGUGCAACAACAAGUGCGGUUGGUCCGCCGGGGCCGCGGGUCUAAACACGCCCAGGUGGAAGUGGCCCUUCCGCCGCUGCUGCGUUGGUGGACGGAUGCGAGGGAGCAGGGGCGGCCCUUAAAUAGCGAUCGGAUGCCAGCACGACUCCACAAGCCUCCUGGCACGACAGCGGCACUUUGCGAUCCGGGAUGGAGGAGGCCACGAUGCCCAGCGCGCCGGCCCGGAUGCUCGCACUCGCCCUCGCCCUCCUGCUGCAGGGCGGCCCCGGCGGCGACGCGGCGCCCGACCUGUCGCCCCUGGUGGGCUCCAACUGGGGCAGCCCGCGGAGGUUCGUGCACCUGCAGACCUCCACGGAGCUCAACAACUUCUACUUGGAGAUCAAGCUGGACGGAACCGUGCGGAGAAGCACCAGCAGGAAUCCGUACAGUGUCAUCAUGCUGAAGGCGGACACCAGGGAGCGCGUCGCCAUCCUCGGCGUGAAAAGCAGCCGGUACUUGUGUUUGGACCUGGACGGAACCCCCUUCACUUCCGUUGUGUGCCUGCGCGAAGACUGCGUGUUCGAGCACAAACUCCUGGAGAACAACCGCGACGUCUUCUACUCGGCGCGCACCGGCAUCCUGCUCAACCUGGAGGGCUCCCGCCAGGUGUUCGCGGCCGGGCACAACCUGCCGCCCACCUCGCUCUUCCUGCCCAAGAGCAGCACGGUGCCUCUGGAGCGCCUCCUGCUGCACCGGGAGAGGCGGAACCGGCCGCGGGACACCGCCGAGGGCUCCGACUCCCGUGCCGUGCCGGAGGACGACGCGGAGUCGGAGCCGCGGGAGCCCGGGGAUGACGGCGCCAACGCGUCGAGGGAGUCGCGACGCGAGCCGCCGGCACACGACCCUUGGGGCGUGCAUUCGUCGAACCCUUCCAGCCCCCGCGGCAGCGGAACCGCCGUGCGUGAGUGAGCGAGAACCACGACCUGCACUAACUAAAGCGACGUGUCUUCAUCUGUUCGUUUUUGUUGUUGUUUUUUAAUAUAUAUAUUUUUGGCGUGGACGCGAAGCGCCCUUUUUGCACGGGCUGCACUCAUCGCCUAUACAACCAUGACACGUUAUAAUACAACAAACCCAAUCAAGAAAAAGACAAAGAAAGGGUGCCUGAAUAUAAUAUUAAGAUAAAAACUCGUUUUAAUUUAUUUAUAUCGUCUUUAUUCACCUUUUCUUGUUGCCUGCUUGCUUGAUUUCGAAGCACGGACUUCAAUAACUUGUGACAAAAAUAAAAAUGGUAUCAAUCUUUUAAAUUAUGGGGUACAUGCACAUUUGCUUAUAUUUUUGUUUUCAUUUUCGCAAAUGCUAUUUUAGAUAUUGGGACAUUUAAUCAUGUACAAUUGAGGCACAACUGGCAGUUCACUCCAAAUCAAGCACAUGCACAAUCUCAGUGAAAUGCACUAUCAUAUCAACAAAAAAAUCUCAUUAUUAUUUGCAUCAAAAUAUAGGUUUGUUUGAACUUCAAUCUUUAGUUUCAUUUUGAAUGGGAGUUGAUGUUUUUAUUUUGGAAACUCAAAUGUAAGAUUUGACAGGACUUCGGCACCCGCAUGAAAGUUUUCAAAUUUGGAGGCGUGGGGGGGGGGGGGCUGGGGGUGGGGGGGUUCUUGUUAGAAGCGAAUAGAACAAGGGAAAGCGCAAUAAAGCAAACAUUGUGAAGUCACGUUAACAUGAUUUGCAAAUAUUUACAAACCAAACGAAGCCAAAAAACACACACAAGCGACCUUUGAAGUUUUCCGCCAGCAGCACUCGGAAAUGAUUAUUUAUUGAUUGAAAUUUACCAUUUUAACUUAUGAUCAUUUAUGGACGGCUAUAUAUUUAUACCUCAAGUCGUGCUCUGAGCGUUGAUCGUUCACCACGGGACCAAAUAAAAGCGCUCAACAAAAUGCUCCAAACAGCAUAUGAUGAAUAAAUGAGCGGAUGAAUUAUUCAAAUAUUGAGAUAUUGCAAGGCAGCACGGUGUAGCAGCUGGUAAAGCGUUGGCCUCAGAGUUCUGAGGACCCGGGUUCGAUGCCGGCCCCCGCCUGUGUGGAGUUUGCAUGUUCUCCCCGUGCCUGCGUGGGUUUCCUCCCACAUCCCAAAAACAUGCAACAAUAAUUGGACACUCUAAAUUGCCCCAAGGUGUGAUUGUGAGUGCGGCUGUUUGCCUCCAUGUGCCCUGCGAUUGGCUGGCAAAGAGUUCCCGUUGUACCCCGCCUCCUGCCCGUUGACACCUGGGAUAGGCUCCAGCACUCCUCGUGAGGAUAAGUGGCAAAGAAAAUGGAUGGAUGGAUCGCAGCAA